AGAGGCGGGGCAAGCGUGGAGGAGGCGGGGCGAGCGUGGCGGGGGCGGAGCGGCGCGCCGGAGCUGAGCAGCCUGGCAACAGCGGUGGCUCCCCGAACCUGAGGUUCCAGGAUGGCUUCUGCAUCAGCAUCCAAGUAUAAUUCACACUCCUUAGAGAAUGAAUCCAUUAAGAAGGUAUCUCAAGACGGAGUCAGUCAGGAUGUGAGUGAGACUGUUCCUCAACUCCCAGGGGAAUUACCAAUUACUGACAAAGAAGUUAUUUACAUAUGUCCUUUCAAUGGCCCCAUUAAGGGAAGAGUUUACAUCACAAAUUAUCGUCUUUAUUUAAGAAGUUUGGAAACGGAUUCUGCUCUAAUACUUGAUGUUCCUCUGGGCGUGAUAUCAAGAAUUGAAAAAAUGGGAGGCGCAACAAGUAGAGGAGAAAAUGCCUACGGUCUAGAUAUUACUUGUAAAGAUUUGAGAAACCUGAGGUUCGCAUUGAAGCAGGAAGGCCACAGCAGAAGAGAUAUGUUUGAGAUCCUCAUAAAACAUGCCUUUCCUCUGGCACACAAUCUGCCAUUAUUUGCAUUUGUAAAUGAAGAGAAGUUUAACGUGGAUGGGUGGACUAUUUAUAAUCCAGUUGAAGAAUACAGAAGGCAGGGCCUGCCCAAUCACCAUUGGAGGAUAACUUUUAUUAAUAAGUGCUAUGAACUCUGUGACACAUACCCUGCUCUUUUGGUGGUUCCCUAUCGGACCUCAGAUGAUGACCUUAGGAGAAUUGCAACUUUUAGAUCCCGAAAUCGGAUUCCUGUACUGUCGUGGAUUCACCCAGAAAACAAGAUGGUCAUUAUGCGCUGCAGUCAGCCUCUUGUCGGUAUGAGUGGUAAAAGAAACAAAGAUGACGAGAAAUACCUGGAUGUGAUCAGGGAAACUAACAAACAAACUUCUAAGCUUACAAUUUAUGAUGCACGACCCAGUGUAAAUGCAGUGGCCAACAAGGCAACAGGAGGAGGAUAUGAAAGUGAUGACGCAUAUCAGAAUGCAGAACUUUCUUUCUUAGACAUUCAUAAUAUUCAUGUUAUGCGAGAAUCUUUAAAAAAGGUGAAAGAUAUUGUUUAUCCCAACAUAGAAGAAUCUCAUUGGUUGUCCAGUUUGGAGUCGACUCAUUGGUUAGAACAUAUCAAGCUUGUUCUGACAGGUGCCAUUCAAGUUGCAGACAAAGUUUCUUCAGGGAAGAGCUCAGUGCUUGUACACUGCAGUGAUGGAUGGGACAGGACUGCUCAGCUGACGUCCCUGGCCAUGCUGAUGUUAGAUAGUUUCUACAGAAGUAUUGAAGGCUUUGAGAUAUUGGUACAGAAAGAGUGGAUAAGUUUCGGACAUAAAUUCGCAUCUAGAAUAGGUCAUGGUGAUAAAAACCAUGCUGAUGCUGACCGAUCUCCUAUUUUUCUUCAGUUUAUUGACUGUGUGUGGCAGAUGUCAAAACAGUUCCCUACAGCUUUUGAGUUCAAUGAACGCUUUUUGAUUACGAUUUUGGAUCAUCUGUAUAGCUGUCGAUUUGGUACUUUCUUAUUCAACUGUGAAUCGGCUCGAGAAAGACAGAAACUUACAGAAAGAACAGUUUCUGUAUGGUCACUAAUUAACAGCAAUAAAGACAAAUUCAAAAACCCCUUCUAUACAAAAGAAAUCAAUCGGGUUUUAUAUCCAGUUGCCAGUAUGCGUCACUUGGAACUGUGGGUGAAUUAUUACAUUCGAUGGAAUCCUAGGAUCAAGCAACAACAGCCCAACCCAGUGGAGCAGCGUUACAUGGAGCUCUUGGCCUUGCGUGAUGAUUAUAUAAAGAGGCUCGAGGAAUUGCAGCUGGCCAACUCCGCCAAGCUUCCUGAUCCCCCCACUUCGCCUUCCAGUUCUUCACAAAUGAUGCCCCAUGUGCAAACUCACUUCUGAGGGGAUCUCUGGCACUGCAGUUGAACUCUAGAUAAGUGAAAUAGCUGAGUUUCAUUCUGGGCAUGUGUACAAAGUAGAUUUAAAGUAUCUGCCUCCGUUUAGAAGUUGAACUAACAUCUUAGACUCUUGAGUAUGUGCCUUCUGUAAUACAUAUUACAAGAAAUCUACGGUGUCUGUGUGGCAAUCAUGAGGAAGGAGUCAAGAGGGGAUUCUGGAAAAUCCUCACACUUUUUUUACAAAGCACUUUUGCAAAGAUAAAAGUUAAAUUUAAUUUACCUCUAUAUAAAUUCUACAUAAACAGUAUGUAUUUUGUGGGCUUAAUUGAAAUGUUACUUUAAAUCCAGGGGGGAAAUUUGUUUGUAAAAUGGAUUUUCCUCCAGCUGCUUACAACAGUUGCUUUGGAUUAUCUAAAAUUAAUCCAAAUGUGAAAGAUGGGUAUUACUGCCACAGCCAAACUGCACUCACUUCCUCGGCAGAUUCCAAGAGCAAGGCGUUUAAAUAAUUGCUAAUUUUUAUACCACCAUAAGUGGUAAGGUAAAAAGAAAGAUGAGCAUUUCAUCAUUUUGAAUUUUUGAAAUAAAAGGCUCUCCCAUCAUUUUUCAAGAGAAGCGUAUUUUUAUAUUAAAAAAGCGAUGAGGUUUGAUUUUUUUCCCUCAACAUUCUCAGCUUUGCUUUCUAAAUUAUCCCAUGAGCUUGUCUAACACUGAGUCAUACUCAGGUUGAAGCAAACCCAUAAAUAGCACUGUUUGAGGAGCUGGCUGUCUUCUGCUGCUUAGGGGAAUAUGUUCGCAAACAUGCCUCUAGUCAGUGCGGCUUAUCUGCUGAAGUGUAGGGACACUGUCUUAGAUGGAUGAGCUAUGGCUAGAGCAUCUUUCUUUACAAUAAUGCCCCAGGUGUACAUUUUUAGUAUAUUCUUUAAAGUAUUCUGUUUGUGUAUCUCUGUUUAAUUGGUGUUGGGUUCCCUCCCCUACAUGCGUGCAUAAAAACUGGUUCUGCACAUUAUUAUUACUUGAAGUACUGGGCAAUUUGCUUUUUCAGGUUUUUUUUUUUUUCAUUUUUUUGUAGUAUAAAAUGAAAUUUUAAAUGCAAAAUUCUAUUUGAUAUCUGAACUAAUUCAUUUAGUAAAUAUAUUUGUAAAAGCUAAAGUUAAAUCAAUGAAUGUUUUACAGUGAUUUGUAAAGGAUUAUUUAUAGCUAAUAUGGUUUUGUUUUCAGUGAAUUAAGAGAGAUUAAAUUUAUCUUUGUAAAUUAUUUUAUGUUGUAGCUUAAUGGUCUACCAAAUAAGGUAUCUCAAAUAUAGUAGUAGAAUGUAUGGAUUUUAUACGUAUAAAAAUUAUUAGAUAUUCUUUUGCUUUUUGUAAACGCUGUAAAUAUUUCAUAAACUAAAAAGUGUUACUCCAUAAGAAGAAAAAAAACUAAUACUAAUAGCUCACAGGAAUUUGUGAAAUUUCAUGAAAAUAUUUUCAUGGCAAUAAAUAUUAAAAGACCUGCUGUAAUAAAUGUAUUAACUAAAACCUAA